ACCCUAAUAUUCGUCUUCUUCAUCGGCUGCCAUUUUCAGAGAGGCAGAGGAGAGCGCAACAGUGAAAUCAACAAAAAAUGAAGUACAAUCCUAGAGUAUCCUCCUCCCGCCGGAAGAGCAGGAAGGCUCAUUUCACGGCGCCGUCAAGUGCGCGCCGGAUUUUAAUGAGCGCACCCUUAUCGUCCGAGUUACGUGUAAAGUACAACGUAAGAUCUAUGCCGGUGAGGAAAGACGACGAAGUUCAGGUUGUUCGUGGAACUUACAAGGGCCGUGACGGGAAGGUCGUCCAAGUGUACCGUAAGAAAUGGGUGAUCCACAUUGAACGUAUAACCAGGGAGAAGGUUAAUGGAUCUACUGUGAACGUUGGUAUUCAUCCUUCGAAGGUUGUUGUUACAAAGCUCAGGCUUGACAAAGACAGGAGAUCACUACUCGACCGCAAGGCUAAGGGACGCGCUGCUGCUGACAAGGACAAGGGCACUAAGUUCACUUCUGAGGAGAUCAUGCAGACAAUCGAUUGAUUUUUCACUCAUUUUGUCUGGUAUUGCUAUUUUAGCUAAAGAGAAUUUAUAGCCGUCCGUUUCAGUUAAUUAGUGUUUUGUGGAGACAUUGAAUUUUGUUGAAGUUUCUGUUUUUGCUUAAAUCAAUGAUGAUGAUACUUCAGAAUCCCAUAAUUUAGUUAAAUUAUUAUGUUA